UAUAGAUCUUCUAACGAUUUCUUUUCUAUUCGCAAACCCAGAACCCAUUCCAUUUCCAUUGGAGAGAGAGAGAGAGGAGAGCAGAGCAGAGCAUCUCAAUACCAAUGGCGGCAUGUGUUAUAAAGGUGUCACAGGACGGGAAUGGGGACUAUGGGACGGUGCAGGAUGCCAUAGACGCGGUGCCACUCGGCAACACGCGUCGGACCGUGAUUCGUGUGGCGCCAGGCAUCUACAAGCAGCCGGUGUACGUGCCAAAGACCAAGAACUUCAUCACCCUGGCGGGUCUCAGUCCGGAGGACACCGUGCUCACCUGGCACAACACCGCCUCCUCCCAGAUCGAACACCACCAGGCCUCUCGGGUGAUUGGGACUGGGACGUUUGGGUGUGGGAGCACUAUUGUGGAAGGGGAGGAUUUCAUUGCUGAGAAUAUCACUUUUGAAAAUUCUGCUCCUCAGGGUUCAGGUCAAGCUGUGGCAAUUAGAGUAACAGCUGAUCGAUGUGCCUUCUAUAAUUGCAGAUUCCUUGGAUGGCAGGAUACUCUGUACCUGCAUUAUGGAAAACAAUAUUUGAAAGAUUGCUAUAUUGAAGGAAGCGUGGAUUUCAUCUUUGGCAAUAGCACUGCUCUCUUGGAGCAUUGUCAUAUCCACUGCAAGUCAGCAGGUUUCAUAACUGCACAAGGCAGGAAAUCUUCUCAGGAGACAACUGGUUAUGUGUUCUUGAGAUGUGUGAUCACUGGCAAUGAAGGGGCUUCAUACAUGUGUCUUGGACGACCAUGGGGACCUUUCGGGAGGGUGGUCUUUGCAUACACAUAUAUGGAUGCAUGUAUUAAACAUGUAGGGUGGGAUAACUGGGGCAAAACAGAGAAUGAGAGAAAUGCCUGCUUUUAUGAAUACAGGUGUUUUGGGCCGGGUAGUUGCCCGUCAAAACGGGUCACAUGGGCUAGAGAAUUGGUAGAUGAAGAAGCAGAACAGUUCCUCAUGCAUGGUUACAUUGACCCAGAUCAAGAAAGACCUUGGCUUGCCCAGAGAAUGGCCUUGAGGAUACCAUAUUCUGCAUAGAAUUAAGUUAAUUGAAGGCGAGGUGCUGAAGAUUCCGAGCGACCAAUGAAAAGAGCUGGAUUUCUCGAAAUCUUAUUAGCUCCACGUGAAAAGUGUGCAUGAUGAGGUUAUUCUGGCGUUGGUUUGUCAAGAUGCAAGAGAUAAUAAUGUGGUGCCCAAUGAUGUAUGAGCUUCUUAGCAUAUGAACACACAUUCCUUACGCUAUGGUCUAUGGAUCGGAGUUGUAGGGGAGCUAAAUGUCUAUGUAUGUAUAACAUGCCUAUUACCCGUUCUUAAUAAUAUAUAUAUAUAUAUA